AUGGAUAAUAUACCGUGAGUAUACUGUUUAUUUAUAUUAAUGUAUAAAGAGAAAAAAAUAAUGUAGCUAAUAAUUUAUAUUUGAUAAUUAUUAUGAAAUAUUCAUGAUUAUCAGUUUAUAUUUCAGGAAAUUGAGUGACUCUUCGACAUCCAGAACCAAUGAAAAAAAUAUUAAUUGUUAUACUGUUAAUGAGGUCAACAGAAUAUUAGAAGAAGGAUUAAAAUAUUUUCAGCUUCAUCCAGAAAAAAACAUUACUGACAGAUUAGCCGAUAAGUAUUACGAAGAUGGCAAUUUGUACUUUAAGAGCUGUAAAUAUGAACUAUCGAUAAUAUGCUUUCAAGAAGGCCUGAUGUUGGAUUUUCACAAUAAUCAGUUACGUACUAACAUGUGGAACAAUUUGUCUGCUGUAUAUUAUUUUUUAAAAAACUAUAGGUACAUCGAUAAAAUUAUAACCCAAGUCGUAGAUAAACAUGAGUUUUAUUUUCUACAUUUAUAACUAGAUCGAGUUUGGCAGCGGCUGAAGUAGCUCUUAUAUUAAUGCCAAGAGAUGAAACAGCAUUCUUAAGAAGUAUCAACAGUUGCAUUCAAAUGAAAGAUUUUGAUAAAUCAUUAUAUUAUUGUCAUAUGUAUUUAGGAGAUUUACCGAAAUCUAAGGUAUGAUAAAUUGUUUAUUAUUAAUUGUUUAUUAUGAGAUAGUAAUGUCGUUUAAUGUUGCAUAAUUAGAAAAUUGAGAUGGAAAAAUCUUUAGUUAUGAAUAUUGAGGAUCAAAGAAUACUGAAAGAAAUAAAUGAAAGAAAAUUGUAUGUAGUCGGCCAAAAAAGUAAUUAUAUAUUAUAAUAUGUUUAAUGAUUUUUUUUUCUAAAAACCAUUUGUCUGUCUAUAAAUUAGUUGGUGAUAAAAUCGGAGACAUAAACAUUUUAAAUACUGAUGACCCCGAUGUAUCCCCACGAGUACAUUUAACAGAAAGUCAACGACUCGUAUGGUCAGUUCUAUUUUCGUGUCCGGAGCGUAAUACAUCUAUUGUUGUACCAAAUUUUCAUGAAGAUGAUACGUUAGUAUAUAUUUAUUUGCUUCCGAACACUUCUUAAGUGUAUUUUUUUUUUUUCGAUUUUUUAAAUAUUAUUUUAUAAAUCCUUAUUAUUUUUUUAGGUUCUACAAGCUGUUAGUCGACAUAUUUUCUGAAAGAGCACCGUGGGAUGAUGAAGGUAAAUACACAGCAGACACUAUAAAUAUUUAUAGUGAAAUUCCAGUCAACACUACGACCAGAGUUCUAAAGAGAGUAUAUCCAGAGAACACAUUGUCAAAUGUAUUGACAUUGUUCAGGUAAUCAAAUUGUUACUUAUGUUUUAAAUUUUUCUUGUUCAUGUUCUUCUCUCUUCCCUCAAUAAGUAGCAAUUUCUAUAACUAUAUUCUUUAAUGCUUUGUUGUCGCAAACAAAUUAGCAUUUGUUUCAUACACAAAGGUCCAUUCGUUGGAUUUAAAAUGUACAUAAUUUCAAUUUUAUUGUUUUUAGGUGUCCAAUAAAGUAUGGUAUACCAACGUUUAUAAUUGUUCUUUCCGGAGGAAAAUAUGAAAAUGAAAAUUUAGAAGAUUAUGUCAAGUAUGUUUUAAAAGUGUUUUAUCAAAAUUUUAAUUGA